AUGUUAGAGCAAGGUAUAAUUCGUCCGUCAGAAUCUGCAUGGAGCUCUCCCAUCUGGAUAGUUCCUAAAAAGGUUGAUGCUUCUGGCAAGACUAAAUGGCGACUCGUAGUCGACUUUAGGAAGCUAAAUGAAAAAACCAUUAGUGAUAAAUACCCAAUACCGAAUAUAUCGGAUGUACUAGAUAAGUUAGGAAAUUGCCAAUAUUUCACAACCUUGGAUUUAGCCAGUGGAUUUUACCAGGUUGAAAUGAACCCUAGUGACAUACCGAAAACAGCAUUCAACGUUGAACAUGGGCAUUUCGAGUUCUUACGGAUGCCCAUGGGCCUGAAGAACUCGCCAUCCACGUUUCAGCGUGUCAUGGAUAACGUGCUCCAUGACCUACAAAAUACAGUUUGUCUCGUGUACUUAGACGAUAUUAUUGUGUUCAGCACUUCCUUGCAAGAACACAUGGUAAAUCUUGAGAAAGUAUUUCAGAAACUACGGGAAUCCAACUUUAAAAUACAAAUGGAUAAAUCCGAGUUUCUUAAAUUGGAAACCGCUUAUUUAGGACAUAUAAUUAGUAAAGGUGGCAUUAAGCCAAAUCCUAGUAAAAUAUCAGCCAUAGAAAAGUAUCCAUUACCCAAAACCGCAAAAGAGAUUAAACAGUUUUUAGGCCUUAUAGGUUAUUAUCGGAAGUUCAUCCCAGACUUUGCUCGAAUUACCAAACCCCUGACACAAUGCCUAAAAAAGGGACGAAAAAUAACUCUUGACACAGACUAUAUUAACUGCUUCGAAAAGUGCAAGACUCUCCUGACUAAAGACCCAAUCCUUCAAUAUCCUGACUUCAACAAAGAAUUCAUCCUGACCACUGACGCAUCCAAUGUAGCGAUAGGAGCCAUCCUAUCUCAGGGACCCAUAGGAUCAGACAAACCUGUAUGUUACGCUUCUAGAACUCUAAAUGAGAGCGAAGUGAACUACAGCACUAUAGAGAAAGAACUCCUUGCCGUCGUGUGGGCAACCAAGUACUUUAGACCCUACCUAUUUGGCCGUACUUUUAAAAUCUUAACUGAUCAUAAACCCCUUCAGUGGGUAAUGAAUCUUAAGGAACCGAACUCACGACUUACUAGGUGGAAAUUAAAAUUAAGCGAAUACGAUUUUUCUGUCAUAUAUAAAAAAGGAAAAAAUAACACCAAUGCCGAUGCGCUUUCCCGGGUGGAAAUACAUAACGAAGAAUCGUGUUCUAUGUUAGCUAACCCAUCAGUAAAAACAGCCCCUAGCACUGGCUCGACUACUCAAACGGCCCACACAAGCCAAGAAAAUCUGAUCCUUGAAAUUCCUAUUACCGACGAACCUCUUAAUAAAUUCCACAGAAUAAAUAAUCGGAAUAAAUCACGGGAACCAGAGGUUGAAUACCAACCAAACCAACAAGUUUUCGUUUCCAACCCCCUAGCUAGCCGACAAAAAUUAGCCCCACGUUACACCCAUGAUCAUGUUCUAGCUGACUUACCAAUACACAUUUACACAACUCUAAAAUUACUGACUGUACUGACCGUGCUGACAAUCGAAGCCCAGGAGAUAAAACUUGAAUAUCUUGAAGACGGACCAGGCCUACUACCAUUUAGACUUGGACCAACGACUCUCAUAACUCACUAUCAUACAUUUCUUCAAUAUGUAAAACUUGACGACAUCAGAGACAAAGUAACCUUAUUGCAGGUACAGCUACAGAACUACAAGAACAGGCUUGAUAAUGGCACCAACUUACUGUACGAAUUACAAAUGGACUAUCUUUCUAGCAAACUAGACAAAGUAUUAUUACAACUAAAUAGCUUAGAGCCUAGUCGCACUAAGAGAGGUCUAGUAGACGGAUUAGGCUCAGUGAUCAAAAGUGUAACCGGUAAUCUAGAUUAUUUAGAUGCCGCGAAAUAUAAUAAUGCCAUAAAAUUUUUGAAGGAUAACCAAGAUAGGAUCGAAUCAGAAUUCAAUAGUCACAUUAGCAUUAGUAAAGAAUGGAUGUUACAACAUAAUAGUGUGAUAUCCCAGAUAAUUGAAAACGAGAACAAAAUUAACUCAACGCUUAUCCAAUUACUAGAUAGAGCCGCUUAUAGAGAUAGUAGCCUCAUCAAGUAUGCUAAGUUUGCCCAACUACUCACAAUCUUAACAGAAAAUAUUGAUGAUAUGCUCAAUGAGCUUAAUAGGAUAGAAAAUAUAUUAGCAUUUAGUCGUGCAUCGAGCACCCACCAUUCUACGUUAAGUGUUAAGGUAAUUAAGUCUAUGUUAGUAAGAUUAAGACAAAUUUAUGAUAAGGAACAUGUACUAAAUUUAGAGACUAGAGAAUAUUACGAUAUCAUUAAGUCAGGUUAUUAUUUUACAGAAAAUCAAAUAGUAAUUGUUCUAAAAUUCCCUGUUAUUUCCAAAGACACCUUCGACCUAUUCCGCUUAUCCAUUGUACCUAACAAAAACCACCAAUCUAUUAUUCCACCCUAUCCUUUAAUAGCAACUAAUAGAGAAAAAUUCGUGUACAUGGAGACAGAAUGUCCGAAGUUGAGUAAUCGGUACCUAUGCGAAAAGGAAACGAACACCCAAAUUCGAACACAAUCCGACUGUAUCCAGAACCUCAUCAUCAAUCAGUCUAUAGCAAAAUCCUGUAAGAUAACCGACAUUGCACUAUCAAAAGAAGCCAUGGAACGUCUUGACGACAAGCACUACACCAUUUCUUUCCCUCAACCAACUAAAGUCCAUACAGUAUGCGGGCGUGAAGAUAUUACUACAUUACAGGGUAGUUACUUAGCCACAAUACCAAUUAAUUGCUUCCUGCGAACACAAGAAUUCACCAUCACUAAUAUUAACGAUCAAGUAGAAGGCCAUCCACUGAAACUAAUGAAAAUACCAAUGGAUAUAAACGCAAAAAGCAACCCAGCAGUACCACGAAUCAGCCUUAAUACAAUUAACCUGAAAGGACUCCACGCAGCCCAGGACCAACUCAUGAUGCAACCACCACUUCAUCUGAGAGAGAUGGAUCUCCCAACUUUAUAUCACACCACUAUUCCCUUUUACGCCGUGUUAUCAAGCAUGGCAAUAUUCGCUAUCAUAAUCUCAGUUCGUUACUACUACAAGACUAAGACGCAAGAACAGAUCCAGAAUAACACCCUACAUAGCUAUGAAAAGCCCGAAGAAUCCGAAGUCAAAAAGGCAUUACCAGCAACUUUUUCUCUCAAGGUUCUAAAAUAG